AUUCACCAUCUCCACGCCUAAUUUAUAGCAAAAACCUGCAAAAAGUUAUCCAAAAUGAACUUUUCAAGUCACCCCAAUACCCUUUUCCCCACUAUAUAAUCGACCCAUAAUCUCAUUAAUCCCCACAUUAAUCUCAAUCUCGUUCACAAAUCAACCCACUAUAUACUGAUUUCAUCGAAAUUUAUCUUCUAUCCCCACAUACCUUUUUCACUUCUUUCAGACAUUUCAUCAAAUAUGAUGCGUCCACCCAGUACAAGAGCAUCAAUCGCAGCCCUUUUGGCCCUCAUCUCCAUUCUCCCAUGGCUAACCCACUCCGCCAAAACGAGCUAUGUCCAAGAAGCCUGCAGGGUAACACUACACCAAGAUCUCUGCAUUCAGUCCCUGUCGCCAUUUUCAAGCACUGCCAAGCGCAGCCCCACAAAAUGGGCUCGAGCGGGGGUGUCGGUGACGAUAACAGAGGCAAAAAAAGUGGCAGCACUCCUGGGGAGGUUGAAGAACAACAAGAGGAUGAAGGGUAGAAACAGGGCAGCAGUUUUGGACUGUGUGGAAGUGUUUGACGCCGCCAUUGAUGAGCUUCACAGGUCGCUUGGGGUUCUUAGAAGAUUGAGUAGGAGGAAUUUUGACUCACAAAUGGGGGAUCUAACGACGUGGGUCAGCGCUGCGCUGACGGAUGAAGAUACUUGCGUUGAAGGAUUUGAAGGUGAAAGGGGAAAAGUAGUGAGUUUGCUAAGAAAUCGAGUGGUGAAAGUUGGUUAUAUUACGAGUAAUGCACUUGCUUUGGUUAACAAAUUGGCUACCUCUGGUUACGAAACUGCACUAAAUAUGUAAGGAGAUUUGAAAUUUCUCUUGAACUUUAUGUGGAGUCUUGGAUUUAAAUGUUAUAUAAGUUUGUAUAAUUUGUAACUGUACUCUUUGAGUUUGGAUUUU